CUCUUAACGUUAGAGACGACAGUCUUGAUGUACAACGCCAAGCGGCGUUCUUACAGUUAAGGCCUUUAUGCGUCUUUCUCAUGAAAUCUGUCACGUCCCCCGACGAAAAAAUCCAAGAAAUCAUUCAAACUGUCAAAAAAUUACACAAAACACUUGAAGCUAUAACUGAUGCUCCUAGCGUCCUUGACUUUGAUUUGAUCCAAUACGUUUUUUUUCCUUUGUCAAAGUUGUACAAUAAUACUGCUUUACAACAAAGUGAUGGGUUUAUUGAAGGAUUUCUAAAUUGUAUUCAAUUUUUAUUGGCAACAAGUUGGAAUCAUUAUAUGAUGCCUGGUCAAUUCAAGCAACUUCUAAUUUUGCUCGUAAGCAUUGUUGGUAGAUCAAUUCAUCCUGAAUCAAAGAAUAAAUCUCUUUUUAAGAAUGAUUCUUUACUUUCAGAAGAAACAAAACUUGUCGGAGUUAAAUGUGUCUUUACUUUAUUACAAUUAAAUGUUGAAAGCACUGAAAAAAUUGAAAAUAAUCCUUUUAUUAUGUCGACACGUCGUGAAUUACUUUUAGCCGAACUUAGAGAUGUUCAAAUUAGAGUUGUUAUUGGACGUUGUGUAUAUGUAUUACUAGAAAUUAUUACAAAUGAACGCUUAUUACAACUGAGAUUAGUAACGCUUGAAACAUUGGAACGCCUAAUAAUUUGCAUCGGAGAACCAGGGAUCUUGUCCACCUUCCUGCCCGGAGUGUUAAGCACAUUAAGUAAAACUUUGAUAAAAGACCAAAAAGAGAAUCAUCUAUUGUUAACAAAAAUAGUAGAGGUUUUGACGAGUACCAUUUAUAUUGUAAUGAAUGAUGUUGUCAGUAAGCCUUUUAUUUCUAGAACAGAGUCUCUUUGUGAAUUAAAAGACAUAUUAGUUGGUGGUGAAAGUGCAAAACAGCUUUCAGUAACAAAAAUGAACUCUAUAUCAUCUUCAUCAAUAGAUACAUCAAAUAUUUACGUUGAAAGAACAAAAUCAUGGCACAAAGCAACCAAAUCACAAAUAAAAAUCUUAAUUGGUCAAAUAUUCACUAUACGUAAUCAUCCUUCAUGGCAACUUCGUUUGGCUUUCGUGAAUUUGUCUUACAAAUUACUUUUUGAAUGUGCUAAUUCUUUGGAUAAUUGUGGUCAUAUAUUAAUAGAAACAUUUGUUUUCUAUUUGAAUGAUGAUUAUGAACAAGUUUCAUUACUUUGUAGACAACAUAUGGAAUCUUUGCGACUGCAUCCCGAUUUUAAAGAAAGUUUGACACCGAUACUUAAAGAAAAUUUCAAUUCUUGGUUUACAUCGUUACCAAGAUACAUUGUCGGAUUAGAUGAAAACGCGAAAUAUAAUGCAUUGUCAUUAAUAGCAGGAUUUGUUUCUCUAUUGGGAUCGGAAGUACAGACUGUACUUAACAUAUCAUUACAAAGAGUCUCAGACGGAUUACUUGGCUCUUUGGAGUUUGAUACUGAAGGUGCUCAUAUAAUAGAGAACAGACUGUUAAUAGGGCAUUAUGAUGCAUUAUCUGUCUCAUCAAAUGAUACACAAGGAUAUGAUCGAAUAUUACCCUCAUUUCCACAUUUACAUUUUAAAUAUAUACGCGAGCAGCAUGUAGCUUCUUCUAUAUCAACUAUAAUCCGUUUAUUUGGGUAUUUUGGAAAUGUUACAUUCCUAAUCGAACAUUUUCUUGCAUAUGUCAGAGAUCCAGGUUCUAAAAAGUUUCAUGCACAAUGCUUAUUUGCAAUUAAUGAGAUUUUGCUAGGUGCCGCUGGUAUAAAUAUGGGGCCAAAUACAAAUUUAAAACAUUUGGCCGCUACUGAUCCGACAAAUACAUUACAUGAGGUUAAACGAGUAUCGAAGUUCGUUUUACAUGAAUACAUCGAGUCAGAUAUACCUGCAAAUGACCCAGAUACAAAAGCUUUAGUGAAAUUAGAUCAGAUUAGUAAAGGAUCAAGCUCGAGCCUUGAAUCUCAGAACUAUAUUAUUUUAGUAAAUUGUCUUAUAUUGGAAGGAAUUGCAAACAUAUCUCGAAUUUUAGCAUUGGAUUUUAGAAUGGAAUUAAUGGAUUCUCUCUAUCCAAUUCUCGAAAAAGUUGGUGAAACAAAUGCUCGUUUACAUGAAACUGCCGAUAUUGCUUUAUCUCAUAUUUCCAUAUGUUGUGGUUACUCUUCUAAGAAAGCAUUGGUGUUUGAAAAUGUUGACUAUCUUGUCAAUACUGUAUCCAGGAAAUUGAAUCAAAUUAUGAUAAAUCCAAAAACACCACAAGUACUUACUGCGAUGAUUAGAGUAGUAGGUAUUUCUUUAUUACCUUACCUGGAUGAUUCAAUAGAGGAAAUUUUUGAUGUGUUGGAUGCAUACCACAUGAAACCAAAUUUAUUAGACCCACUAGCAAAUGUCUUGUUUGCUAUAGUUUCUACUAUAUCUGAUUCUAUUGAAGAAAAAAAUGAAAAUCCUACUAAUACAGAUAAAAUCCUAGAUAAAACCGAAUCUGAUACGAGCUUAUCUGAAGAGAUCGCGGAAUUUAUAAAGACCUAUUCUUUCGGAAAGACACAAUCUCCUAUUUCAAAAGAACAAGCAACGUUAGAAGAAAUUGGGCAAUAUUUUUUGAAUCUUCAAAAAUCCAAAGAAAAGGAUGAACUUCAAGAUGAACCGAACAAUUCUGUUUCUCAUAAUGAAGAAAAUAUAACGGACGAAAAACCUAAGCCUACCCAAUCACAAGCCACUUGUAUGAAAAUUAUAGACAAAUUACUUAAUUUUCUUACUGCAGCCUCCCCUCAAUUGAGGGUUCUAGUUCUUGAUGUUAUACGUAUAGCGCUUCCUGUAUUGAGGCCUAUUCCUCACGAACUCUACCCUUUAAUUCAUAGAAUUUGGCCAUCAGUUUUGAACAGAUUAAAAGAUAAAGAACAAUUUGUUGUUCUUGGGGCUGCACGACUUAUACAAGAGAUUGCUAUCUCUUGCGGCGAAUUUUUUACCAGUCGAGUUGUUCAGGAUGUUUGGCCAUCAUUUCAAGAAUUGCUUUCUCAACAAUCUACGGUCGAUAGAGAAUUUGUAGGUCUUAUAGACUAUAAUUUUUCACGAUCGCAUCGACUGAAAAGGACAAUACUAGAAACAAUGAAAAUGGUGGUCAACCGUGUAUCGUUAUCUAAUAAAAUAACAUCACAAUUCAUUGAUACAUUAUGGCCAUUUUUAAGCGAAGAAGUUAACGAAGAGCUUCAAGUUGCCGCAAGAGAAUUGUUUCGAGAAUUUGCGCGUAUUAAUGCGAACACGACAUGGUUAGUGCUUAGGGGAUUAGUAGAAGAAUAUACAUAUAUAGCGUCACCUGAUGAUGCAGUCAUGUUGAAUGAAAUU